CGUCCGCUUACGGAACAUAAACAUCCUGGCUCUUGGCGAGGGUAGAACCAUUUUCAUCGGUGUCAAAAUCAGACAAAUUCAAAAUGUCAGGAAGAGGCAAGGGAGGCAAGGGACUCGGAAAAGGAGGUGCCAAGCGUCAUCGCAAAGUCCUCCGUGACAACAUCCAAGGCAUCACAAAGCCUGCCAUCCGCCGUCUUGCUCGCCGCGGUGGUGUGAAACGUAUUUCAGGCUUGAUUUAUGAAGAAACUCGCGGUGUGCUGAAAGUGUUCCUGGAGAACGUCAUCCGUGAUGCCGUGACCUACACCGAGCACGCCAAAAGGAAGACCGUGACCGCCAUGGACGUGGUAUACGCCCUGAAGCGCCAGGGACGUACUCUUUAUGGUUUCGGCGGUUAAGAUAUCCUCAAGACUAUCAACCGAAAUUCAACACAAAGGCUCUUUUAAGAGCCACCCAGAUGUUACAAAUCAGAGACUCUGUUUCCAAAAUUGUGGGUGUUAAAAAUUGUUAGAUUUCAGGCAGUAGAAUUAUUUUAAAAUAUAUUAUCGGCGAAGAAAGUACAAGAAAUAACACUGGGUUGAGUAGCUUAGUUUGAUCCUCAAUGUUUGGCGCAUUAAAACUUAAUUUUAACAUUUAAC